CCGGGCGGAUCCCGCCGCUCCUCCAGGAACCGCCGCUGCCAGUUCCGAGGAGCUCAGAGCAGCGCGGGGGGCUCCGUGCCUGCCGUCCUGGGGAACUGCUGCGGCAGCAUUGCGAUUGCCCCUUUGAACAGCGAGUAAAAAAAAAAAGGGGGGGGGAAGAGAGAAAAGAGAAAAAAAGAGGAAAAAAAAAAAAGAUGAAGACGCUUAAAUGCCUCCUGCCAAAAGUAAAGAGCGAAUCUCAGUUGCGAUGGCUCUGCUAAAACUUGAUCAUGCAGGAUUUCAAGCGAUAAAAAAGGGCUGCCGGGCUGCUAUUUACUGCGGCGGGAACAAGUUGCAGGAUGAAAUCCAGGCGCUGAGGGACCUAUUUUCCACUUCAUUGUUUGCGAAGGAAUCUACUGAAAUGACUUUGAGGAUCUUUAAACUGGAACUAUGUGGAGGGAGAAUGCACCCCCCCUCGCCUGUCUCCCUGUGCGCGUAGCUGCCCUCCCGGGAUGCGAUGUCGCCCGCAGGCUGCGGCGGGGAUCACGCGUGCGGCCGGCGGCGCGGAGGCCGCCCCUGAGCCCGGGCAGCGAGGGGCGCGACAUGCCCGCGGUCGCGACAUGCCCUGCACCGACAGCAGCACCGGCAGCGACACCUGCGGCCCCUCCGGCUCCUCCCGCCGCUCCGUCUCCUGAGGCGCUCGGGGACAAAGCUGGCAAAGAUGAGGAAAAUUGGCUGUGCUCUCCUGGUACUCCAAGCUCUUCUGGCGCCUUUGGAUCUUGUUCGUGGAGCAGAGAAAAAUUAUCCCAUCCUGAACAUUGCAGUGAUUCUGGGAAGGACCAAGUACAUAACAGAGAGAGAUAUCAGAGCUCUCUGGACCAGGGAAAUGUCAGCAGACCUGACUGUUGAUGUCAAUGUAGUGACCCUUCUCGUGAACCAGACUGACCCUAAGAGCAUCAUAACACAUGUUUGCGACUUGAUGUCAGGCACCAAGAUCCAUGGAGUGGUUUUUGGAGAUGACACCGAUCAGGAGGCAGUAGCUCAGAUUUUGGAUUUUAUUUCAUCUCAGACUUCUAUUCCAAUUCUUGGGAUUCAUGGCGGGGCCUCCAUGAUAAUGGCAGAUAAGGUAGGAAAAGUUAUUACAAGCUUUUAUUAGUCUAAUAUACUUCAUUGUGUUGGUCUCUAUCAUGAGUAGUCAGUAAAAGCAGUUCAAAAAAGAUGCUUCUAAUUGUCUCUCUGUACUUUAAAAAAAGAAAAAAAUAUUCAUAGCAGUGUCCCUGUUGAUUGCUCAUCAAAUACUUGGAAAUACUUUGGGGUUCGUGCUUGAAACUCAGCUUUUUGACACUAUAAAAGCAGCCCUAAUGAAAUUUUAGUCUCCAGCACAUUGAAUGAUGGUCAGCCUAGAAAUUUUAAGAGCAAAUAUGGCACAUGGAUGUAAAAACAACCUCAAAAUAGUAGGUUCAUGAAAUAAUUUUACAUCUUAUCCCCAAAAUCAUAAACAGAUGUUCUGUGGUGCUUACUACAGCGAUAGACCUGAAUGUGUAUGAGGACAACAGUAGUAACAGGAUAAUAAUAUUAAGCCAGACUUUAGUGAUCCACUACAGUCUAUAAAUUAAGUAGUCUUGCACAC